UUCCCGAGAAAAUUUCAGGGCAAAAGAAAAAAACUCAAGAUUUUCCGAGAAAAUUUCUUUGACCGAUCAAAGAAACCAAAUCCCGCAUUCCUUUCGCCUCCCCUACCUUUUCUUUAUUCUCCUCCAAACACAAAAGAUUUCCCCAACAAUUCCCAAAAUCAAAUGGCCCUUCCUUUGAUUCUCCCUUAAAUGCCUUCUCCUCCUCCCUCCUCCCCAUUGCCGGCGCCGUCCUGCCGGUCCCUCUCCUCUCCGUCCUCAAUCUAACCUUUCUCCACCCCUCUCCAACCAUGUCCAUUCUCAACCCCUUUCAGCUUCUAGAGCUCAAUGUCAUCUCAGCUCAAGAUUUGGCUCCCGUCUCCCGUUCCAUGAGGACCUACGCCGUCGCCUGGGUUCACCCCGACCGGAAAUUAUCCACCCGUGUCGACACUCACGGCCACAACAACCCCACAUGGAACGACAAGUUUGUAUUCCGCGUCGACGAUGAAUUCUUGCACACCGACACAUCCGCGGUAAUGAUCGAGAUCUACGCUUUACAUUGGUUUAAAGACAUUCAUGUCGGAACUGUUCGGAUUCUUGUCGGGAAUCUCAUCCCCACUCAGCCGCGUCUCCACCAAUUCAGUCAGCAGCCGCAAGUCGGAAUGCGAUUUGUGGCACUUCAAGCACGGCGGCCCUCUGGUCGGCCACAGGGGAUUUUGAAUAUUGGGGUUGCUCUGCUUCAUAGCUCGAUGAGGAGCAUGCCGUUGUAUUCGCAAUUGAGUACCUCGGCGAUUGGGUACCGGGAUCUAAUGGGGGAGGAGGACGGUUUUCAUAAUAAUCGCAGCCAUGGGACUCCGACGGCGACGACGCUGCCGAAGAUGAGAAGGUCGAAGAGCGAUACGAGCUCCAUGAUGGGAUCGGAGCUUCGUGGGUCGGAGAUUAUGGGGAAAACAACGAAAUCGAAGGCGAGUUCUAUGGUGGAUGGAUCGGAAAAUUCUAAGACGAAGAAAAAGGGGCGAUCGAAAGCGAGUUCGAUGAUCAGUGGAUCGGUCGGAAUUAAACGAAAAGAGAAAUCGAAGAAGGCGAGUUCAAUGCUUAGUGGGUCGGGGAUUGAAGAAGCUUACAAUAAGAAGAAAACAGAGAAACCGAAUCCGUUCAAUGUAGCGAAUAAUGAUGUCUACAAAAUUGAGCCGCCGCCGUCGAGCAAAAAGGAAACCAAACCCAAUUCCGGCUAUGAAAAACCCAUUUCGAUUCUGGAAUUCAUCGAUUCGCCGCGGAUUCAUCCUGGUUUAGAAUCGCCCAUUCCGAGGUAUGAUAAAAUGCCGUACGCUACGCCGUUGAGGACUCCUCGGAGGUUGACCAGUGGCGGCGGUACUGCUAAAGGAACUCCGAUGCACGAAACGCCGCGAAGAGCGACGCCGUUGCAGGGGAGAUCGUCCUAUACGAAGAAUAACGAAUUUACUUAUACCACGCCGAGGAAAUCGAAUUUGGCCGGCGCGUUUUUUACGGAAUCGGAGCUUGGUCCUUCGCCGUCGGAGGUGGCGGCGAAAAUGGCGAUGCAGAAAAUUGAUGAUAAUGCGAGCUCGACGGUUGAUGGGGCGAGCGUGAAUGAAAGCGUUGAGGGUUUACAGUCGAAGCUGGAGAGAUGGCGGACGGAGCUCCCGCCGGUGUUUGAUCGUGGUGAGUCGCCGAGCUUUCCGACGAGUGAACCCCGACAUAACCGUAGUCACAGCGACGGCGGUGGGUUGUUCUCCUGUUUUAGCAACAUUUGCGGCUGCGAAUGCUCCAUCGUCUGCGGCGGAUCACCAAAAACACCAAAGAAAUCCGGCGGUAGCCGUGUUGCUCGGAGCCCAUCGGCGGACAAUGUGAGCUUCGUUUGAAAACGCGAAGAACAUGAAUUCUUUUCGGGUCGGGUUGAACCCGUGAACCUAAAUGAAGUAACCCGAAUCAAAAUCAAACCAAAACGAACCGUUUUUCUUUAUUAACGUGGGCAGGUGGUCAAAAGACAAAUUUAACCCUAACAGGAUAAAGGAGGAAACACAAUACAGAGACAGCCAGCCAGUGUCAGUAAUGUCAAUCUACAAUCCCUCAUUCUUUCUCUAUACUUGUUUUUCCAUUUUCCUUUUUUU